CGGGACCGGAAAGCCGUCUCAACCGCGGGGUACCCCGGUCUGGGUCUAGACGUUGAUCCCUAGGGGAUGUGGAGAGCUGGCGGCAUGUCGGCGGAACUGGGAGUCGCAUUUGCUCUGCGGACAGUGAACGAGCGCGUGCAGCAGGCGGUGGCGCGGCGGCCGCGGAAUCUCCCAGACAUCCAGCCCCGGCUGGUAGCCGUCAGCAAAACCAAGCCUGCGGACAUGGUGGUUGAGGCCUACAGUCACGGCCAGCGCACUUUUGGGGAGAACUAUGUUCAAGAACUGCUAGAAAAAGCAUCAAAUCCUAAAGUUCUGUCUUCGUGUCCUGAGAUUAAAUGGCACUUCAUUGGCCACUUACAGAAACAAAAUGUCAACAAACUGAUGGCUGUCCCCAAUCUCUUCAUGCUGGAAACACUGGAUUCUGUGAAGCUGGCAGACAAAGUAAACAGUUCGUGGCAGAAAAAAGGUUCUCCUGAAAGGUUAAAGGUUAUGGUCCAGAUUAACACCAGUGGAGAAGAGAGUAAACAUGGCAUUCCACCGUCAGAGACAGUAGCCGUGGUGGAACACAUAAACGCCAAGUGCCCCAGCCUGGAAUUUGUGGGGCUGAUGACCAUAGGGAGUUUUGGGCAUGAUCUUAGUCAAGGACCGAAUCCGGACUUCCAGAUGUUAUCGUCCCUCCGAGAGGAGCUGUGCAAGAAGCUGAACAUUCCUACUGAGCGGGUUGAGCUGAGCAUGGGCAUGUCCAUGGACUUCCAGCAUGCAAUCGAAGUUGGAUCUACAAAUGUCCGCAUAGGAAGCACCAUUUUCGGAGAGCGAGAUUACUCAAAGAAACCUGCCCUGGACAAGUCCGCAGCAGACCUGAAAGCCGCCGUGGAGGUGACACAGGCGCACUGAGCCCAGGAACAGCCAGCAGCGGCUCACCGCCCACGGGCCCGGUCCAGGAAGACUGACUGUGCACUCACCUGGCUUUCACAUUGAUGUUCCCCAGGUUUUAGCACAACCAUGCUCCUUGUGACCUGGUGAGAGCAUGCGGAGGAUUGUGUGUAUCAAUGGAAACCAUCUGUAUUCAGUGUCUGGCAAAGGAGGCUCGCUUUAAGUUGUGGCUUUGUAUUGAAUCUGAGAAAUCCCAACAUUUCUGCAGAACAAAUACCAAAUCCAUAGCCAGGAAUUGAGUUCAGUAUUGACUCCUGUCCAGGAGCACCGACCAACCCAUGAAUGCCUUCCCCAGGUUAAAAUUAGGUCACAGAUGCCUGUAAUCACCAAAGUCAGAGGAAUUCCCAUCUGUCAUUCACUGUACAGAAAAUUCCCUGUGAUUACCAACUUCAUGCAAAGUCCUGCUGAGUAGUCACAUUUGCUGCUCUGGAACAAGGUGGUUUUGCUGCCCCCCCCACCCCCCCCCACUCAGUAAAUAUUUCUCUCUACUCUGGAAUGUACAGGUAACUUCAGGAAAUGGUUCCAGUUAAUGCCCCAAACCCAAAUGAUGGUUAAUGAGAAUUUGUCAUUGACCACCCUGUGUUGUUUGCCCUGAAAAUUGUAGGGGUCAUACACAUGGGACUUGGGCCUUUCCAACAUCCUCCCGAAGAGACAGGGCUUUGAGCUUUUCCCCCUGGGCCCUACAGUAAUGAGGAGUUAAUGAUGUGGUUCUCUUACGGUGAUUUCUUAUCAAAGCCCAGUGAAUCUCAUAGCUCCCCAGACGUGAAAGGUCCCUUCAAAGCCAGUUCAGGUUCACAGCUUCAACCAGGCCUGACUCGGAGGUUCCUGUUCCCCGGGGGGCACUGUGCAGGCCUCCUGCGGCCCACCCCCACCCCACACACACACACACACAUGUGUUUGUAAGCCAGAGCCGCGGCUCCUCUUGUUUGUUAAUAGAGCAGCAGGAUACCUUGGGCUGGGUGGUUUAUAACCUAGAUGGCUUUUUCUUAUUUAUUCAAGCCCCACUCUAAUUUUAUGAGAUAACUUUCAGAUAGGAUGCUGCUGCUGAAUGUAAUUUUGUAAAAUUUUAACCGGUAUGAUCCCUGUACUCUUUCAGUCAGAGCUAGAGUGUGAUACUUCAGAAUCUAUUAAAUAAAAAUGUGAGUUUGGAUUAUGCCAUCUGUGCCGAUUACAAAGCAAUUAAAAGAUUUAUUUUCUAA